AUGACUCGGCAGGAAGCAAGUGAUGCGAGUGAAGGGUUUUGCCCCACAACUUGGACGACUGACGCCUUGCCACAUGUUGAGCUGUCGAUGGAACAGCGAGAAAAGUACCGCAUCCUUGCAACUCAAUUGCUCUCCAACACGUUGCGGGACUAUGAUGUUCACUCUGCCGAUCCACGCCAGCGACGAAUGAGUCGUCGUCGAUGGAAACUCGUCAAGAGUAGAGACCACAUCUCAGUGUACAAGGAGCGCUACCCGACACUCUGUCCUCGAGUCAGUCUCAGGGACAGAGUGUCGACAGCGUUUCGAAAUAAUACCGAGUGGACGGAGCCUAAGCUGCUUGUAGCAACUGGUUGGAUUGAGGGUACGCUAGACGAUGUCAUGUACGGUGUCGCAUCACCCGAUGCACAAGAAAUGCUACUUAAAGCUACUGUCGUUAAGAACAAAUUGGUCAAUGGGACAGUGCUAGCGUGCAUUGACGCCCCGUGCGAUGCCGACCCAUUUCGGUUCCUAGGGAUCAAAUGGGUCAUCAAAGGCCCUCCGAGAGCCCUUCAAGGUAUCGUGCAACCUCGGGAUUUAUUAUUCAUCGAAGGCACAGGAAUUACGACGCGACCGAAUGGAGAGCGCAUUGGCUAUCAACUUCUUCACUCGGUGGAUUUGCCGCAGUAUCGGAACAUGACGCCUCAGUCGGGGAUGGAAGUCACACGCGGCCGCAUCUCGAGCUGCUCUAUCUUUCGAGAAGUGCCGGAAGGGCUAGGAAGUCGACACUCCAAGGUUGACGUGUACGUCAAAGGAUACGUGGAAGCCCAUGGUAAACUCCUGCAUUCAGUGGCACUUGCUGCUGCUUCAACCGGGUUUAUGAGCUCUUGGAAUGCAGUCGAGUGUGCCAACCUCAAGAAGCUCAUGUGGUGCUUUCGUCAGCUACCGGAUGAAAGUCUAGCACGACAAAUGUCUUGCCAAAGUAGCCGACGGUCACACAUUAGUAGCAAUGUCGGCUGUUCCAGAAGGAAUCAUGGCAUUGUCGACACUUCAGAUGUUGAUCAUUCUCCAAAUCAUCAUGAGCUAUUGUCAUCGGAAUCGUCAAAUAGCUGUGGAACCUGUGCUAAGCGAAUCGGCAAACUGGUAAAUGGCGCGAGUCCAUGUUCCCUUUGCGAUCGGAACAAUUGCUCGCGUUGUCGAGUCCUGCGUACGCUAAAAGAAGUGAAUUCCAAGCUAUGGCUCCGACAAAAGAGCGUGGUAAUUUGCAAGCGGUGCGUGCUCCAAGUUGACCGCCUUGCAUCCGUGGACGUCGCACGUGCUGAAGUUCAAUCCAGAUUGUUUAGUGUGAAAAGCUCUGCUGGUAAACCGCACGGACGUCUCGCGGUCUGCGCAAGGACUGACUCGACGACUGGCAUUGAUGCAGCUGCCUCGACACGAAUAACAGAAGCAAAGUCCUUGCUCUACGUGCUGUCACCGACUGCCGAUCAACCCAUCGACUCGUUUCGCGGUGUUCCAUCAGCGAAAAUGUUGCAAAGGGAAUUGUCAGAGCCUGACAAGAUCGAGGUGUCGGACGAUGCGCAACGCGAACAAAUUUGGUCGCAGAUGGUGGAGUUGCGCAUGGUGGCGGAAUCUAUCUACAAACUUACACUUGAGACGACGGAGUCGCUCAGCCCACCAGAUCUCAACGAGUAG